AACUCUGUCUCUCUCUCUCUCUCUCUCUCUCUCUCUCUCUCCUCUUUCAAAACCCUAGAAAAACUAGGGUUUCGUUCAGCUCCAUUUUUACGCUCGAGAAUUCAGGCCAUGUCCCGUCCUCUUCUCUCCUCAAACUCCCACUGUUCGAUUCACCGUGAAAUUAGCUUCCCAUUGGUUGUGGACCUUCACGUCUUUCUUCGGGCGACUUUUCUGGCCGGAAAUGAGGAGUUCCGGCGAAAUUUGGAUAGGAUGCGAGAGGUUUGAAUUUGGUGAUUCAGUUUGCUAUCAAUGCUUGCACUAUUGAUCUGACAAGAUGGGCGAGAUUGGAACUUCAAAUUUUAAUCACUGUUGUGAAGGAAGCAAGCUUACUAUUGCUGAUAAAAGGUCUACUGAUAGUGCAACAGUGGAUCCCAAAUGUGGGCAUUUCUCUAUCCGUGGAUAUGUCGCAGAGAUUCGUAAACUGGAUAGGAAGGUUAGUUGGCCAUUUUGUGUACCCCAGAACCAUGAAGAGUCUGAAGAUUGUUUGCAUUCGCUACCUCCCAUGCGUGUUCCUCAAUUUAAAUGGUGGGGUUGUGGAAACUGUCUGCUUAAGGUCAACAGUGUCACAACUGUUACUGAAGGGGGUCAGAUUCGAAACAGUGGCACUGAUAAUGGGAAGACCAUCAGUGCAAUGGUUGAACCAGCUAUUCCUAGUCCUCAUCUGGUUUAUGGGCUUGCUCAUAAUUCUAAAGAGAGCUUUCUUGAAGGAAGACGAGUUAAAGAGGUUGCUAAUGCCCCAGUGGAUGGCUCUGCAAAUCAACCUGCACUAUGUAAACCCAAUUUCAGCAAGGAAAUGAAACAAGUCACAGUUGAACUUCAAUCUGGCGAAGGCAUCUCCAGGGAUGGGACCUCACCAUCUGAAACUUUUGUUAAUAAUGCAUCUCUUCAUUCUUCAACUGAUAUCUGCUUCUCUAAUGGGGAUUUUGGCUCUAUAAAUGAGAAAAGUGAUGUGUUAGUGAGUGUAAUAUCUAAUAACAAUAAUAAAGGGGCACUUUGCAAGAGAAUUGGAGAAUUUUCUGUAAAAAAAUAUAGGAAUAUGGUGGGGUUGGAUAUAAACAAGCCCGACUCUCAUUUACCACCCUUUGGUAAUUCAACUGCUUCCCAACAUUCUUUAGAUAAGAAUAAUGUCUCAGAAGUUGUAGCUGCUGAACCUAUACGAAAUUGCCCAAGCAAACAUUCUGUGCAAGAAUCGAGAAGUAAUGAAGCCGAGCAUGAGAUUGUUUUGGGUAGAGGAAUCCUUGCAGAAGUCAGUAUGAUCAGCACUUUUUCUGGAGACAAAGAUUGUUUAAAUCUCAGAAAAAUAAAUCCAGUCAAGCAAAAGGAUGAAGAUUCUGCAAACACAACAAAGGAUUCUGGGGAAACCCCAUUGAAAGUUUGCUGGAAAACUCCACUACUUCAACAUGAGGGUUCGGUUGAAGGAAUAAUGAUCUGUGGGAGAACUGAGAAAGUAGCCUGUAAUGAUUCUUUUGAAGAAAUAAAAGAAACCCUGGACACCCAGGAAAUGAGCUCCAAUAAAGGAAAUGAUCCUGCAUUUGCUUCUAAUUCAUAUCCAAUGAAUGAGAUGUUAUCUGUGGGUGCAGAUUCAACCGAGGAAAAUAUCUUCAAGAAAGGAAAAUAUUCAGGUGAUUCUCUAAAUCAUGGCGAUGAUAGUGCAGGUCAGACCUUCAUUGAUGAAGAAAAUUGUGAUAGCCCAUGCAGAAUUGAUGAGCAUUAUGCGAAUGGAUCUCUAUGUAAGAGGAAAGCACCAAAGAUGCGUUUGAUUUCUGAAAUUAUGAAGUGUGACGCAAUUAGUGCAGGAGCAAAAGGCUUGGAUGCUGCAACUCUUGAAUCUGAAGUGGAAUUAAAUUUGAUGGAUGGGUCAGAUUUGGAUCCUAAGGUCACUAGUACAGAUAACAAGAAAAGCAAUGGGACCAAGAAAAGGAUUAGGACACGUCUUCUUGAAAUUUACAGCUCUUCCUCACUGCAAUUCGUAGAGGAACCCCAAAACAUGGCUGGUAAAAAGAGUUCUUCCAUGAAGGGCGAGAAAAAGUCUAAAAAAAGGAAGCAUGCACAAACAAUUUCAGAUGAUAUACCAAUGGACAUUGUCGAACUUAUGGCAAGAAACCAACAUGAAAGAGGCCUUCUUAAUAGUGAAGGAGGUGGUGAGAGACAGAAUCAGGCAAAACCAAAUAGUGGAGAGAGGAAGGGUCCCAGCAUAGCAGACCUUACCGAAGCCCUUAAAAACGAUUUCACGGGUUUGUUACAGGAAGAGAACUCUUCGAAGCUUAAAAAGAAAUCCAUCAAUGGCAAAAGUGGAAAUCACAGUUCCACGAAAAAGGCAAAGAAAGGCCACAAAGAUCCUGGUGCCUGCACUCUUUACAGUGAAAAUAAUAGCAGCCAUUGCUUUUUGAACAUUAACCCAUCUCUCCAUUUCUCCCCAUCUACCUGUACUACUUCAAUAAUGUGCUGUGGAGAUGAGCCCAGUAAAGAAAUUCAGUUUCCUUUUACUGAAUACACAGUGGAAAGCCAAUGGACUCAAUACAGCCAAGCUUCUUAUGGGACCCCAAUCUUUUCAAACAGUGUGACUACCGGGGUACAGACCGGUCAAAAUGAUGGUGCUGAGCCUUUAAGUAACACAAAAAAUGGCACAAGUACAUCUGAGAAACCUAAAAUGAAGUUAAAGAAGAUUUCCCGUCAAAACUCAGGAGUAAAGUCCAUUAAACAAAGUAAUCAUUCUUGCCUUCACAAAUGCAAAGAAAUGGAUGCCCUGAGAACUCAGAAGAGAGAGAAAUACAUUGAUGAUCCAAAGAAACUCAGCCCAAGAGACCUAUACUUGAAUGAUUCUAUCCCUGCGAUGCAUUUGCUCAGACUCAUGGACCAGGGAAUGUGCUCUAACAUGCAAGAAGACAGGGCAGCCAUGGAUGGAAACCAAGGAAGCUUCUGCAACUUGCUUCAGUUAUCUGAGAAGGGUCACAGGAGAGUCGAACCAGUACUUGGACCAGAUGGUAGUUUGAGUAAGUACAAUAUAUGUCCCAUGGAUUUCCAUUGCUUGAACCAAAAUUUACCUCUGGUUCCUGUGAUCAGAGAGAAUGGUUCCCCUAGUGGAGGGAAUAGUAGAAGCAACAAUCCUUUUAAUUGGAGAGGCACCGAUGGUUAUAGAGAUGGGAUUUCCUUUGGGAACCUUGAAGAGAGAUCAAAACCAACCAUUCCUACUUCUCUCUACCUCGAAUCACAACGAAAGGAGCAAGCCAGAAACACUGCAAUGAACUGUUUGGCAUUGCUUUCCAUGAAAAACCCCAGUCAUAAAGUAAAAUCCUGUCUCAAAAAUGGGUUCUCAGAAAAGAAUCAGAAAUCCCUUCCAGUCAAUUAUGGAGGGAAAAAAAUCCAAACUUCUUCGGCUAUGGGAACACCUGUAAAUUAUGAGCCGAAGACUCCAGCAGCAUCCAUUCAUACACUCUUUGAGGUUAACAAUAAAGCUAAAGAAAGGACAAUUGAUGCUGCGAAAAGCACUUGUAAAACUAUUAUAUGUUCUGUUAACAGAAACCCAGCUGAAAUUAACUCCAAAGAAGCCGAGAAAUACAUGGGUUAUAUCGAAGAUUUUAGGUUCAGCAAUCUCUCUCUCCCUAAUGGAAGAUUGAAGAGCACUUUGAGUCCUGAAGGAAGAAAGAGAAAGCGAACAGUGAAGCUUGCUGCGAUAUAAGGAUGUUUGUAAACUUGGAUUCCUUUCUUUGUGUGUUAGUGCAAUACAUUAUCAGUAAAUUAUUCAAAAAAAGAGAAAAGAAGGUAAAAAAAAUAGGUGGUUUUCUCAGUGUGUCUAUAUCUAUGUAAGGGUUUUCAAUCAAUGCCAUAAAAGAUGGUUGUUUGUAUUCA